GUUUUAGGGUUUGGGAUGGCUAGCGUCGUAGAGAUUUCGAGCAGUGAGGAUUCCGGGUCUGACGUGUCAUUCAGCGCGGCGGAUAGGAAUUUUAUUGACUCGUUGCGUUCGUCUGCCCGUGCAGGAACCUCACUGCCAGAACCGCUAGACAUCGAGCCGCUACAAACCAUACCCUGGGAAAUAGUAAUGGGUCGUGCUUCGCGCCCCGAGAGUUCUAGGGCCAGGGAGGCCGCCGCUGCUCAGAAUAGGCGUGAGGAGCGGUUGGCAAGUAACAGCGCUGCCAGUGGCUCCGCUGACGGGGGAGAUGCGACAGGGGAGGAUACCGAAUCGGCAUGGGUUCUUCCGGAUGGGAUUCCUGUUGACGAGGCGGGAGGGCGGAUGACCGUUGCCAAUGUCAACCGGAUAAAGCGGAUGUUUCGGUUGCCCGGCGCGGUUAAACUGCGUCCACCGACGGUGGAUGAAAAGGCUUCAAUUCUUCGCCGGGGGUUUGCCGCUGUGCAUGAGGCAAUAUUCCGCCAGGGAGUGACACUACCGCUCGUGCCCAGUCUUCAGAUCUUGGUGUGCGAGUUCGGCCUAGCCUUUGGGCAAGUCUGCCCCAACAUGUGGCGAUUGAUGUUGGCGAUGACUUCGCUGUGGCGGUUGUCCGGCUGUGAGGGACCAACCGUGGCGGAGGUGCUGCAUUUCUAUGAGCUGACGUAUGUGAAGCGUCAGGGCUGCGGAGGUCAAGUGAACCUAAGUCGCCGCCAGGGAGCCCCCAAGUUGAUAGAGAACCUGAGGGAUUCUAUGUCGUAUUGGCGGGACACCUUUUGCGUUGCCACGACGGGGUGGGAAUAUCAGGCGGAAUCCAAUGACGGGGAACCGGCGUUUAGGAUUAAGUCAGAGUUCCAACCUAUCCGAGUGGGCUUGCGCUACAACCUGACUCGUGAAGAAGAGUGUCGUGUGGCGCGCGUUCAAGGUUGCUGGCGGAAUCGCAAUUUGUUGGACUUUCGCCUACUUACCGGUUGGGAGCUGUUGGUCGAUCAACGAUUGACCCGCGCCGUUGAGACGCCGCCAGGUAACGCUAGGAGCCGUGACGCCUUUGCCAAAGCCAUGGACCGCGCGGAGAUUGACAACUUUUUGGAGGCCAUGUAUGCCUCAGGGGAUGCGGCUCAAAAGACAGUGAUAGACCCGGUGACGCUGGCGGUGAGCCCAUCCGAGGUUCCGGUGGUGCUGCCAAUGCCGCUGCACUCCCACCUUGGCGCCGACGGCCUACCCGUUGCUCAGACGGGUGCCAAUGUGGGGGGUGGAAAGGAGGGGUCUGGCGCCGCGCCGCAGACAGAGAGAGUGCCCAACGUGCGACGUGGGCCACAGAAGGUGGUGCGGCCGGCGGGGGCUGCCGCCACGGUGGGUCAACAGCAACGGGGGCCACGGCCUGCUGCCGCUGGACAGACGCGGUUGUUGCGGAAGCGUCGGCAGAAUGACUCCGACGAGGAGGAUGAUGAUGAUGCUGAGGUUAUCGGGGUCCGCCAGCGAAAGAAGGCCCGCCAAGCUCCGCUGAAGGCGCCAGUGGCCGCUGCAGAAGAGGCGCCUGCGAGUGACCUGGACUCGUUUGCCGCCUAUGCCGAGUUCAUGACUGACAAUGAACGGGGAUUUCUCUACCACCUCUGCGAGAUACUGGGGUUUGGUGGUCUGGCGGGGAUUUCCCGCCCAACGGCGAUUGACGGGUCACCCUUCAGUUCAGCUUUUGGUCACCUUUCGGUUGGGCUGCAUGAGAUGUUCAUGGCGGCGCAGAAGCAGCCCGGGGUUGAGCGGCAGCUCAGGGACGAGAUCAGCGGUCUCGAGAGGGAGUUGGGGGACGCCAAGGACAGGCUGGCGGAUGUGGAGCGGCGCCUGACGAAGGCGGAUUGCGACGCCGCGGAUGCUCGCGGCAAGUUGGAAGUGGCAAUCCGGCGGGACGUGGAACGGAACAACCACAUCUCCAGGAUGGAACAAGACACGUCUCUGCUGCAGGAGCGAGUGGCCGCUAAGGAGAAAAAGAUUGAUAUCCUGCAGCGGGAGUCUGCCGCCAAGCAAGCAGCGGUGACGAAACUGGAGGCUGAGGUAGCUCGCCUGCGGGACGAAGGGACCCGUGCCGCUGCCGCCGCUGUGGAGAAAUUCAAACAGUCGGCGGAGUACAAAAAGGCGAUGACUGAAUCGGCGAAGGCCGGCGCCCUAGCCAACGUGGAGAUGCUGAAGCAGAGGGGCGCCAUUGACUUUGCGAAGGCGUCCCAGCCACCUGUUCUGCCAGUCCAAAAUGCUCCGCCGGUGCAAGCUGCGGUUCCUGUCCAGCCUGAAGGUGUUCGCUCGGGAAGCGGGGAAAGUGGUGCACAGCCAACGGAUGGUUCUCAGCAGACUCCUCUGCCUACCCAGUCGGAGGUGUCCCGUGCCGGUUUCCUGGCGGCACACACUCGUCCGGAUGGCACCAUAGAGACUCCAAGUCCUACCGCCAGAGGGUCUGACCAGACAAGCCGCGCACAACCACAGCCGCCUGCGGAAGGUGGAGAUGUUGAAGCCAACCCGAAGAGCUGA